AUGUCGAUCGUACGUCCGCGCGGUUCGGCGCCACCAGCCAAGAUCAAGGUCGCCAACCCCGUCGUCGAGCUCGACGGUGACGAGAUGACGCGUAUCAUCUGGCACAAGAUCCGAGAGGACCUCAUCCUGCCCUUCUUGGACAUCGAGCUCAAGUACUACGAUCUCGGCAUGGAGCACCGAGAUGCCACCGACGACAAGGUCACCGUCGAAGCCGCCGAGGCCAUCAAGAAGUACAAGGUCGGUGUCAAGUGCGCCACCAUCACUCCCGACGAGGCUCGUGUCAAGGAGUUCGGCCUCAAGAAGAUGUGGCUCUCGCCCAACGGUACCAUCCGAAACAUCCUCGGCGGUACCGUGUUCCGUGCGCCCAUCGUGCUCGACGACCUCCCCCGCCCGAUUCCCGGUUGGACCAAGCCCAUCGUCAUCGGCCGUCACGCGUUCGGUGACCAGUACCGCUGCCAGAACUUUGCCGUCGACAAGGCGGGCAAGUUCACCAUGCAGUUCACCCCCAACGACGGAUCCGAGGGCCAGAAGUGGGAGGUGUUCAACUACCCCGACGGCGGUGGAUCCGGUCUCGCCAUGUACAACACCACCGAGUCCAUCACCGGUUUCGCCCACUCGUCGUUCAAGAUGGCGCUCGAGAAGAACAUCCCGCUCUACAUGUCGACCAAGAACACCAUCCUCAAGGCGUACGACGGCCGAUUCAAGGACAUCUUCCAGAAUCUCUACGAGACGGUCUACAAGAAGGACUUUGAGGCCAAGGGUCUCUGGUACGAGCACCGUCUUAUCGACGACAUGGUUGCCCAGAUGAUCAAGAGCGACGGCGGCUACCUCAUGGCUCUCAAGAACUACGACGGCGACGUCAUCUCGGACAUCACCGCGCAAGGGUUCGGUUCGCUCGGCAUGAUGACCAGUGAGCUGAUCACCCCGGACGGCGACAUCAUGGAGGCCGAGGCGGCGCACGGCACCGUCACGCGCCACUACCGUGAGCACCAGAAGGGCAACGAGACGUCGACCAACUCGGUGGCAUCCAUCUACGCCUGGACGCGCGGUCUCGCCUUCCGCGGCAAGCUCGACAAGAACGACGACCUGGUCUACUUUGCCACCUCGCUCGAGGAGGCGUGUCUCGACGCCAUCAACGCCGGCAAGAUGACCAAGGAUCUGGCGCUCAUCUACCACGGCAAGGGCAUGAAGCGCGAGCACUACGUCACCACCAUGGAGUACAUUGACGAGGUCGCCAAGCUCCUCAAGCAGAAGCUGCAGGCACGAGGCAUCGAGGCCGGCAAGCUUUGA